AAGAAAGAAGUAUUUAACAAAACAAGCAACGGCGAGUGAGCAACGAUGAGUAAGACCGUGGGAACAAACACACGAUCGCGGCCAGUGUUUAUCGACGAGGAGCAAGUAAAAGUGCUGCUCGAUUGGAAUGAGGCGCGGUACGCCAUCGAGCAAGCGUUUGUGUCCGUUUCGAACCAAGCGCGGGAUGCGGUCACCCGUUUGUCUGAUCAGCCGGUCAGUUCUCAGCCCGCAAGAACGUUUGUGCAGGCAGAGGGUGGUGUGCUUCUUUGCAUGCCCGGCUUUGUCGGUCAGCAUCGGUUGAGUUCCGGCACUACCGAACGCACUUCAACGCUGGCGUGUAAAUUGAUCACGAGCUUCCGUAAGAAUGUUGCCCUGGGGUUGCCCUCGAUUAACGGGGAAGUGUUUGUGUUUAACAGCACCACCGGCAAGCUGGAAGCGAUCAUUGAAGCCAACCACCUGACGGGUAUACGUACGGCAACGGCUUCUCUCGUGGCGACCGAUCAUCUCUUUCUACGUCCGGCUCGUGCUAACGCACCGGACGGAACGGUUAGCAUCCAGCUCGGAAUUGUUGGGUGUGGGUUUCAGGGUAUGAUGCAUGCGGUUGGAUUCGUCCGCACACAGUCCGUGGCACGGGUACGAACGAUUCGGCUGUGGAACCGAACGCCCGGACGUGCCGUUCAGCUGAAGGAAAUCCUAACCGAAGAGGCGAAGCAAACGAACAGCAAUUAUUCAGUGUUUGUCUGCGAUACGGUUGAGGACUGCUGUCGGGAUUGCGAUGUGAUUGUAACGGCGACCGGAUCCAGUGAACCGCUCGUCUAUCGCAAUUUCCUCAAACCAAACGUUCAUAUUAAUGCUGUCGGAGCAGGUGAAUAUCACCAUGCCGAGCUGGCACAGGAUGUAUACGACGUGUGUCAGUUAUACAUUGAUCAUCAGGCGGGUGCUCAAAAGGAACUGGCAACGCUUCGAUCCAACAUCGUCGGAGAAGUGGGUGAAGUAAUACUGCGCGAAAAACGUGCAGAGGAAAUGAGCUUGCUACCGAAACCGGGUGGAAUUAGUGUGUUCCAAUCGCUCGGUAUGGCUACGGAAGAUGUAACCGUCGGAAGAUUAAUCUACGAGAAGUACCUGAUAGCCCAAGCUGGUUCGAAUGCAAAUUAA